AUGACCGACGGGCGAUCUGACUUCACGACGACCGACGAGUCGAUCCAGACGCUCCUUUUCGUCUCGCCAAUCUCCGAGCUCUGGCGAUGGUCGUCGUUGAAGUCGCCGUUCCGGAUCUCGUCGCGAUUUCACGAACGCGGAUUCACAGAAGAUCGAUCCCCUUCGCCGCAGAGACAUCGCCGUCGCUCGAGUGCCAUCGUGGAGUGCCAUCGUGGAGCCUAA